CCACAAUCAUAUUUCAACCAAGCCAUGGCGGCUUAUGGUGCAGCCACUUCUCUCAAGAAUACGAUCCGGCGUAUUCUACAAUCAUCUCGCAUGUCGCUCGUUUCCCACUCUCCACAAAUCUUACAACCUGCCUACGACGAGGUGGAUCGCUUGCAGAAAGAUCUGCUAAAACUGGACGACACCAGCUGCAGCAAGAUCAGGACGAAGGUGAAUGCUGCGGAUGAACGAAUCAAAGAGGCAGUUUGGGAAUUUGAAGAUUUACUCAAAUCCCAUAUCUUACAUCAGAUUCUUCCACAACUCCAAAGCGAGAGAGAUCACUUGUCAUUCUUUGUAGAUCUGCAGAAUCUGCAAUACCAUGUUGAUUGCUUCGUCAUGACGGUGAAGAUGAUGAAGGCGGAGUACAUGAAAGAAAUGAAGAAUAUGCCUGAAGAAGAAGGCGAGUCUAUUCCCUCAAGAAUUGAUUUUGGUGGAAUGAUCGAGUCAGAGAUGGUUGAAUUAUCUCAUCAUUUUGAAAAAGCUAGAGACUACCUUCUUGAAGAGAAUAACAAUCUACCCUAUUCGAUUAUUGGGAUGGCGGGCGUUGGAAAGACAACUCUUGCUAAACAUAUUUUUGAAGAUCCAUCAAUUCAGAGCCAUUUUGAGUUUCGAGCAUGGGUCAAAGUGGGCAGAAAAUGGGAAUCCGAUGAACUAUUACGAUGUGUUCUAGCUCAAGUGGAUCCCAAUGCUUACCAAAUGCUCCCCCAAGGAGAUGAUGAUAAGGAGAAAUUAGUUGAACACUUGGAAGAAAGAUUAAAGGGUAAGAAAUGUCUCAUCGUGUUGGAUGAUGUUUGGGACACAGGAGUAGCUGAUAGCUUGAUGCAUUGCUUGCAAGAAGAGAAUAUUGUUGGAAGCAUUCGAUUCUUACUUACAAGUAGACAACAAAUAAUACACACGGAUGAUGGGUAUGUAAGAGUAGGCUUGUUGAAUGAAAAAGAAAGUAAGGAAUUACUAGGUAAGAUGGUGUUUGGUGAAGAGGGUUUCCCUGCACAACUUGAGGAACUGGGAGAGGAGAUUGCGUGGAGAUGUGAAGGUCUUCCUCUUAUGAUAGUCACGGUUGCAGAGCUCCUAUCAAAAGCCGACAAGACCCCAAAAUACUGGACUGAGGUACUUAAACAACACAGUUCAAUCUUCAUGGAUGCAUAUAAUCAAAUAUCAAAGGUACUUUUUCCAAGUUAUGACUACUUACCCCAACAUCUAAAAAUGAUUUUUCUCUAUAUGGGAGCAUUUCGUCCAUAUAUUGAUAUGAUCAGACCAUCCAUGCUCAUGAAUUUGUUCAAUGCUGAGGGGUUUCUUGAACUUUUUGGAGAAAAAAGUUUUGAAGAUUUUUUCAAUAUAUGCUUGGAUAAGCUCUCUUUGCAGUACCAUCUUAUUCUCGACACAACAGGUUCAUUGUCUGUGUUUAGAAAGUAUCGCAUGCAUUCUUGUUGGCAGCACUUGUGUAAGGUGGAAGCUAGUAGGAUCAAGUUUAUGCAUGUCUUACAAAGUUGUGAUGAUGUUAUAAAAGACCAACGCUGCUUGUGUGCCCAUUCCAACUCUUUAUUUGGGUUCAAACAAGUGUAUGAUUCGAUAAAAAGUGAUUGUGAAUCCACUGCUCGUUCUCUCCUUUGUUUUGGUUGUUAUCACCCAUAUCCAGUGCCAAUACAUGCCAUGGGUUUCAAGUUGCUCAGGGUACUAUUUGCUUUUGAUGUCCGAUUUUACCAUAUCCCAGUUGAAAAUUUGAAACUAGUUUGUCUGCGGUAUAUUUCUCUAACUUAUAAUGGGGACCUCCCUCCUUCCAUAUCCAACUUUUUUCAACUUCAAGUCUUGGUUAUUGCAAGACAUACGAGCAUUAAAAAGCGUGGAGUUCAGUCAUAUAUGCCUGUACAAAUUUGGGACAUGCAAGAAUUAGAGCAUCUUGAUAUUUGGGGAAGCGACCUACCAACCCCUAAUACUGAUGAUGCUACCUUGAACAAACUCAUCUCACUUAAUGGUGUGAGUGCAAAUAGUUGUACAAGGGAAGUUCUCAAAAGAAUUCCUAACUUAAAGCAUUUAGGAAUUGAUGUGGAGUUGAAGCCUUAUGAUGAUGAUGAAACCAACCCAUUGAGUUGCUUGAGUUAUAUAUCACAACUCCAGAACUUGGACUCACUAAAAUAUGACAUCAAGAAUCCUGAGACAAAGUAUGAGUUUAAUACUAUUCAUCUUUCAAUGUUUCCAUCAAGUCUCACAAUGUUAUGUUUGAGUGGGUUGGGGUAUCCUUGGAAGUACAUGAAUGGCAUUGGUUUGGUGCUUCCAAAUCUCUUGACUCUCGUAUUAGAAUCUUAUGCCUUUCAAGGCCGAGAGUGGGAAAUAAAAUCAGGGGGUUUUCUGAAACUUAUUCACCUUCAAAUUGAAGACACCGAUUUGGUGCAAUGGAGACCUCAACGUGGAAGCUUCCCGGUGCUUGAAGUUCUAAUCGUGAAGCAUUGCUACAAAUUGCAACAACUCGAUUGGCCGAAUGAUCAUUCUCUGAUCAAACGUAUUGGAUUAGUUGACUGCAAUCCUUUAGCUGUCGCUUGUGCCAAUCAAUUAAAAGAUAAGUUUUCAUUUGAACUUAUCGUCGAAUCUUCGUUUUGAGCUCAAGUUACUCUGCAACUUGCCAUACACAGAAAAGUAAUCAAUUGAAGAUGCUGAUGCUAUUCCAGUUUGAAGCAUUGGAUGUUUGGCGGGAAAGCCACGUCAGACUCUCUCUGAGUCACCCAUCGACGGGAGGGUUUCUAUCGCACUGUGGAUGGAAUUCGACUGUAGAGACUCUAGACUUGUUUUCAACAGCAAUUUAUGACUGAUCAGUUUUACUCUUUUUGGUGAUUAGUAUGAAUUUGUAGCACAAGUAGUUGAUCGUGUGUAGCAACUUCUAAACGUUUUAUGAUUUAUUACUAUAGAUAAAGGUGUUAA